AUACUCACUUUAAGCUUCUUAUAGGGCGCUAAUGAAAGUGGCCACAUAUUGUUCGGGGGACAGAUGGUUUCUGUCUUGAUUAAGUUUUAAUUUUCCUGACGGGAUCCAAAGCUGGCAGGCUUUGCUCGUCAGAGGGACCCUGCUGUGUUCACAGACAGACCAACGAUUCUCUCGCAUCCCAUUCUCCAUAAAAAGGUAGUCCCAGGUAGAGGAGCUCAAGUGUGAAAGUGCAGGUUUUCACCGAGCUGAUUGCUCUCUCAGCUGGGAGUUAUUUAGCAGCAGACAGGCGUCUCUCUCUCUCUCUCUCUCUCUCUCUCUUUUUCUCUCUCUCUCUCUCUCUCUCUCUCUCUCUCUCUCUCUCUCUCUCUCUCACUAUGCUGCUCUGAAUUGAGGCAGAACACUUCUGAAACUGGUGGAUCAUAUCAACUGCAAACUUUUGCAUCCUGGCUGAAACAAUCAUCAGUAUGCAUGAUGUUCACCAAGACACUGGAGGCUUCUGCAGCGGCUUACCAUGCAUGUUAAUAACCUGAGCAGAGGCAAGAUGAUGCUGAACAUGUUGGCCCGACCAUUACACUGGAGCCUCCUGCUUCUUUGUAUACUAGGCUUCUGCAGCCAGCUUGUGUCCACUGGCAACCAAAGCUCCCGAGGACAGACAGGGUCAUCGCAGGAGAGGACAGGGACUUGUGAAGUGGUUGCUGCUCAUCGUUGCUGCAACAAGAACAAGAUUGAGGAACGCUCUCAAACUGUCAAGUGCUCCUGCUUCCCAGGACAGGUGGCGGGGACAACAAGGGCUCUGCCCUCUUGUGUGGAAGCCUCUAUUGUUCGUCACAAGUGGUGGUGUAAAAUGGAGCCGUGUCUGGAGGGGGAAGAGUGCCGAGUUCUCCCUGACCUCACUGGUUGGUCAUGCAUCUCUGGAAAUAAAGUAAAGACCACAAAGGUGGCGCGGUAGCAAGACUGGAGCUCCAUAUAAUCAGUUCAAGCCUGUUCCGGCCUGGUGCAGUCACCUUAAGUAACACAGGACUCUGACUGAAGACAGUGAACGCCCCAUCAGAUAGAACAAAGAACAAUAUAGAUUUAAUUAGAUAUCUCCCGGCUAAGCUUUGAACUGCAGGAACACAUUAUUUUAAUUCACCUUUUGCUUGAACACAAUUUUGGUUAAGGUUUAUCCCAUGGCGUGGACAAUUAAUAGUAACUCACCUAAGAUAAAAGGAAGCAGCACCCUUACACAGUCCGAACAGGCAGCAACCGCAAAAGACUGUAUCACUAUGUCCGUGCUUGAUAUGCUGGGCACAAUGUGAUGCACUCAAUCAAAUCAAAGAUUGGACGGGACCUGCUGGCAGACACUUAAAAAGAGAUUUUGUGGAUUUUCAGGCAGCAGAAUGUGAAUCCAGUCAGUUGCUUAGGACUCUCUCCGCCGAUCAAAGCAGAGGACCACAAAUACUGAGAAAUUCAUGGUUGUGUAGCAUUUGUAAGCAAUGCUGUCCUGUAGACUUCCUCCGAGCUUUGUAAAGAGGACCGAUCCCUUCGGAUAACUCUUAACAACAAAGAGGCACCCUCCCAAACACGGCUGCAUGCACGCACACACACACACACACACACACACACACACACACACACACACACACACACACACACACGCUGCUUUUCAUCUCUUCAGUGCUUGGACAGGCCACCACCUGCAAGGCUGUGAUGGCAAGCACACAAGCAUGAAGUUCUGAUGCAAAACAAGGACUGUUUGAAAUGCUAAUCAUGGGCAGAAAGGGGAGAGAGAGAGAGAGAGAGAGAGAGAGAGAGAAGAGAAGAGAAGAGAAGAGAAGCUUCUUCACUGCUGAGAGUAUUUAUAUUAUGCUUUUGUUUGUUUCUCUAAACUGAAUACUCCUGUGGAGGGAACUCCGAUAAUAGUAAUGAUGGCACAACAUUGGAGAGUCUUUGCCUUGAAGCAAUUUGUAGCUCCCACCAGAAAAGAAUAUGUACCGUUAUUGCAUUAUAUCAGUUGUCCUCUUCACAUGAAUAAUAUUCCUCGUGAACCCACCCUGAUUACCCAUCUUUUAUCUGUUGAGUUCAGUCACACACUUUUUGCAUUUUACCUUUCCAAUAAAGAGAGAUUUUAUAAAACUAUUAAUAGAGCGACUGAAAAUCAUCCUGUCCGAGCCAUUUGUCUGUCUAUUCAAGGCAAAUGUUUCUGAGCACUUUGCUCAACAUUUACUUAAUGCAAUCACGCUGAAUGGUUGUCAUGGUACUGACACGAUUCUUCAAUGAGCUGUCAUGAAGUCCAAUGCACUUUAUGCAUGGCCUUGCUAUGUAAUCAGUCAACUUCUGUUUAUUAGUUCAUGUUAGAAGUGCUGCAGAAUAUUCAAAACCUCAUCAUUUUGUGAUUCCUAUAAUUAGAGUAAUGAUAUUGAAUGCGUCAAAUAUUCUGGAAAACCCCCUCCUCUAAAUCAAUGAUGAUAUCCACUUGUCGGGGAUAC